AUGUCAAACCUGGGACAAUGUGACUCCGAUUUUUACCAAUCUAAUUAUACCAUUGAUAAUCAGGAGGAAAGUUGUAAUGAUUCUACUGCCUAUGGAAAUCUUUAUGGAUCUAGAAAGUAUAACAAUCAGAUUAAAACACUAAAACUUGGAAUUAAUUUUGAUCACAUAUGGCAAAAAACCUUGACAGUGUUAAACCCACUGAAGCCAGCAGAUGGCAGCAUUAUGAAUGAAACCGACCUAGCUGGGCCCAUCCUGUUCUGUGUGGCGCUGGGAGCCACCCUGCUUCUGGCAGGAAAAGUUCAGUUUGGUUAUGUGUAUGGCAUGAGUGCCAUUGGCUGCCUAGGGAUUCACGCGUUGCUAAACUUGAUGAGCUCCUCAGAGGUGUCCUGUGGCUGUGUGGCCAGCGUACUGGGCUACUGCCUGCUCCCCAUGGUCAUCCUGUCCAGCAGCGCCAUCUUCUUUUCUCUGCAGGGCACAAUUGGAACCAUGUCAGCACUGGUCAUCAUUGGCUGGUGUAGCCUCUCAGCUUCCAAAAUCUUCAUUUCGGCCUUGGACAUGGAAGGACAACAGCUUCUCAUCGCCUAUCCUUGCGCCUUACUUUAUGGACUCUUUGCCCUCCUGACUGUUUUCUGAAGAGCAUUUGAGAUGGCGUUACAAGAUUCUGUUUGUUUGCUGUUCAGAUUAUUCUGGAAAUGUAUUAGCAUUCAAAUUUGGUAAUAUGAUUUCUGUUUUAUUGCUGCUGAGAGAACAACAGCAGAAAGACAAAACAGCACUUAAGGAUGAUGCUCUAAUAGCAUGCUUGGUUUGAAUGAUGUUUUGCUUUUCGGUUUGGUGCAUUAAAAUUUUUAACAUACUUUAAAAGAGAGAAAGUUGUUAUAUUGAUGGACCUCCCUUUUCUCAGUAGAUGGAUUUCUGAGAAAUUGUAAGUAAAUAAAAUCAUAUGCUGACUGGAUAAAUAGUUAGCCUUUGAGAUAACUUCACAAUAGCUCAAGCUGUGUGCAUGUAGUUAAAAGUCACACACCUUUGGAGAAUUGCAGGGGUGCGUUAUAUAGGUUUUUAUUUACCUGAGAUUCAAAUAACCCCGUCUUCCAGUUCACAUACCCUAGUAACAGUUGUUUGGUCCCAUUUGGACAAUGUAACAACUCAUCACAUUUUCAAGCCCUCACUUCCUUCUUACUUGCUUUAGAUGCCGUGGUCCAUUACAAUUACUUUUCCUCUGCAUACAUCCUCAGUAACCCUGCCAUUUUGUUCCCUCAACAGAUGAAUCUGACUAGAGGAAAUCCCACUUGGUUCACCUUAAUUAUAUUACUGUAUCUUAAAUGGCUCCUCAUACUAGCUUUUGAAUCCUGCUACAUUACCUUAUUAAAUUUGCUUUUACACUUCCUGAGAUAAUUAUGUUAACACCAUUUCUUCACUGCUCAAAUCUCCAAUAUUCCUUCCUCAUUUCUCACUGUUAGUUGAUGACCUUGCUUCUUAUUUUAUUGAAAAAGAAAAACAUCCAGAAGAAAAAUGCUUUAUAUUUCCACCACCAGGUUUCUACCAACCUACAUGGAUCUUUAUAAUACACACACACACACACACACACACACACACACACACACUUUGCAUUCCCUCUUGACACUGUCUCUUCCCUUCAUAGUCAGCCCCAACACUUGUAUAACCAUUGUUUUCCUCUUGGCCUAUUAUUCAUAGCAGUACAUAGACAUGUUUCAAUAUUUCCUAUCUUAAAAAUCCUUUGAUUUAACAUUACUCUCUAAUUAUGGCCCAUUUCUCUGUAGCAAAAAUCAUUGAAAAAUUCCACUUUAUUAUCACCCACUCUUUUUCUUACAGUUCAGACCAGAUUUCAUCACCCUAUUCACCAAGAACACCUUUGUCAAGUCAGCAGCAACGUCCACAUCUUGCUAAGUGCAAUGGUCAAUUCUUAGCCAUUCAUUUUAUUUGAACUCUCCUCAUUAAUUUCCUCCAGGCCAUGUUGAAGCAUUUACUUCUUCACUAGGCUUCGGGAGCGUCACACAUUCUUUGUUUUUUUUUCUAUUUCCCUAUCUCACUGGUGGCUUCUUCUCUGUCACCUUGGCUGACCUUUCUUCCUUUCAAAUCAAAUCGCUUCUCAAUGUAUACUCACUUGCUAGAUGAGCUCAUUAAAUUGCAUAGCUUUAAAAUCUAGUGACUCCCAAAUUUUCAUCUC